CCAGAUUUUAAUGUCUGAUGGUGAAUACAUUACAGACGGGCCUCUGAUUGAUCUGGCAGGACAAGACUGGCGCGACGAUAAUUUACCAUUUGAACUGAUUCAUGUGCAACCUUCCCACCUUCCCGACCCGGAACCUCAAAUCAGCGACGUACAGCAACUACUUCCAGGCAGUCUUCCAUUGGAAUUGGGUGUUGAGGCACGCUGGUCCGAACUGGACUUAGCGAACUUAUUCUUGAGUGCAAAUCUUUAUACCACACCUCCUUGUAUUCCAACCCAUCCGCUCCCGCUUUAGUUUUAUGCAAAUCUUUGCCAGCACUUCCGUUUGACCGUGUUUCUAUGAUGAGUAAUAAAUGGAAAAAUCUCAUCGUUCAAGCGGAAAAACUGCUUGGUGGUCCAGCACCAUUUAUCAACUUAAGUUCCCUGUUAACUUCAGAAGUUGAGUUUCUGGCAUCACGAGCCAGACGACUAGCUGGCACUGUUGAUCAUCCGUUUUUCAGCGCUGUUCGCGCAUGUUUCCAAGGCCGAUCAGGAAAUUAUCCUUUCCUUCCAUUGUCUCUUAAGUCUUUCGGGCCCGUUAACCGCGGAAACCUGACACAGCGUGCACCAUGUGGAUUGAUUAUCCUGUUAGCCGGUCAGUGUUCUGCCGGGAACCUUGGCAAGAGUAGUGUAAAGUUAUCCAAUCAAUAUCGGAAAUUGGCGGAGGUUUUUGAGACAGUGCAUUUGGCUGUGACCAUACACAAGAGUCUUGUGGAUCCCAGUUCGCUCAAACAUAUAUCUACUAGUGGCAAUAAUGGUUCGAACGAAGUGAACGGGCGGUCGCUUGUAAAAGACUGGGAAGCUGGAAACAAAGUGGCCACCUUGGUUGGUGAUGUUCUUCUUGCGUCCGUUUCCACGACCUUGGCUGAAUUUCGCAAUACCCAGGUGUUGGACGUUGUUUCUGAAUCCAUUGGUAAUAUGUUUGAGGCGGAAUUCCUCCCGUUUGCAAUGAAUUUCUCUCACGGUUCUUCGGCGAGUUCUGGCCAACUGGGACUCUCCACAGAUCAAGCUACAGACCAGUGGUUGAAUUACAUCGGUAUGUCUCAUGGCUCGUUGCUGGGUAGCUGUUGUCAAGCCACUUUACUUUUGGCGGGAACGUCUGGCAAGAAGCAGUCUGGAUCAAGUGAGACCGGCCACAGUUCUCACCUGGUUCAUAAAUUAGGUUACAACUGGGCUUUGCUUCUUCGUCUACUGGAGGAACGGGAAUUCGUACACCAUAUAUGGGCCAAUAAAACUAAAUAUGUCUCGUCGACCUCCUUUUUGAAUGCAAAUGCUGCGGUUUUUCCUCCCCGCCUUCGCGUCUUGAAUUACAUCAACAAUGGUCUACCGGAACCUACCUUACUCGAUGCCGUGAUGACCCAACAACGGACCACAGAAUCCGCUGAGACUCUGUUAGCGGAUGGAUUUACCACGGCUUUAUUACCCCAACACGCGUCACGUAUUUUCAACGCGUACGAUCAAUUGGGUCAGAAGCUUGCAAACAACCUCUCACAAGUGUUUGAUGAAUUCAGUGCCAUAAGUCAAUUGACACGAGAACGGGCCAGCUCGUCUGCCUUGAAUGUUCUGGGUGAAAUGACUCAUCAGUUGAGUUCCGAAGCAUGCCUCCGGUUGACCCCUGUUGUGAAUGUCAUGUCUGAUAGUUGAACUGCUAUCCUUUGUACAGAUUUAGCAUCAUUUCAUCGGUUUCGGUGAUUGCAGAAUAUAGUUUUUCGACAUCCUUUGCUUUUGUC